AUGGAGACAAUUGAAACUAAUGUUGUGCAUACUGAGAAAAAAGUCAACGAAAAUAGGUGCCACUUACAAAGUAAAAAACAGGUAGCCAAACAGCUAAAAAUCCAAAAUGAUUCUUAUUUCAACAGCACUAAGGAACUGAAAGAAUAUAUUGAAAAGGAUCCUCAUAUCACCAAAUUUUUAAAUCCCAGUGAAAGCCUAAAAGAACGAUCUUCUAAAACAAAUGAAUUUACACAAGGUAACAUCAGUUUGCCCCACAAUGCAGAAAAUGAAUCUGCGAAAUCAUCCACGAUACCUAAGAACUUGGACAGUUCCGAUAUUUUAAUUCAUCAUUCGCAAAAUAAUUCUGAAGAAUUAGAUCCCAUGAACGUAUGCGAAAUUAUUUUAACUAAUGAAAGCAUACACGAUACUGAAAACAAUCUAAACACAUCAUUGAAACAUCAAAUUAUACUUAAUGACAAUACCAAGACGGAAAACCUGAUCUCCGAAAGCUGUAAUGUUGAAAAAAUGAAUGCUAUGUUUAAAGAAGACUUAAUUUGCUUGGAAAAUACAGAUGCUCUGGAUAAACAUGAAGUUAAAGAAAACGAUUUUAAUUUAAAAAGUAGACAAAUUUUUGUUCCAAAAGGUAUGUCACCCAUAUUUAUUAAUCCUAUUUCAAUAAGUAAGAACGCAGAAUGUUAUAUCGAUAAGGAAUGUUAUAACGAUCAAAUUUACGAGAAUUUUGUUGAACACGUUAAAACUAACGUUGAAAUAUUCGAGCCUCGAAUUGAAAACGAUGUUGAUACGAAAAUAUACGAAAUAAAAGCAAAAGAUUAUCGUGGUGACUUAAUUUUUAACGCGGAUAGUUUGAAACAUGCCAAGGUACUUGGACAAGUAGAUUGUAAGUUUAUAGCAGCAGUUAUGUGUGGCAAGAUAUCAAAUACAACAUAUUCAAAUUUCUUGGUUUUGUUUGAUCAACAUGCAGUUGACGAGAGAGUUCGCUUAGAAAGAAAUCUGGUCGACUAUUUUGACGGAAUUAGUUGGAAAAGUGUAAGAAUAGAUGUGGUUUCUUUUCAAAUAUCUCAAGAAGAUUUGAUUUUUUUACUUAACAAUUAUGAUAAAUUGACGAAAUUCGGACUUCAGUGGAGUGUCGUUGAUAAUGUUAUUUCUAUUAAUGGUAUACCUGAAGCUAUUUUAGGAAAAAAUCCAAGACAGGCCGACCUAAUACUUAAAGCAGCAAAGCAUUUGUUAGUCGAGCUAAUUGAUUGUAUGAAGUAUGCAAAAGGAAACAUUCCUUUGUAUCCGAAAUCUAUAAUGGAACUUGUAUUCAGUGAGGCUUGCAGAUACGCCGUCAAAUUUGGCGAUACGCUUUCCAAAGAUAACUGUGUGAGUUUAAUAAAGGCCCUGGCAACUUGUAAGAGUCCGUUCCAAUGUGCUCAUGGAAGACCCGUGAUGGCAGUCAUGUUGGACAUGAAAGAGGUGAAGGGGAAAGAGGGUUCAUAUCAGGUAAAUUUGGAGAAGGUUACACGAUGGAAAAAAUGUGAAUAAUAUGUACUAUAAGUGCACCAU